AUGGACGAAUCAUUUUAUGACGAAUUCGGUAAUUAUCUUGGUACCGAUUUGCCAGAAUCUGAUGUAGAAGAAGGAGAGGAAACUCUUCAGGCUAUGCAGGAAGAGUCAGAGGAAGAUUAUGAAGAGGGUGAAGUGGAACCUGGAAGUUCAAGUAUGGCACUCAUGGAAAUAGACGAUGUUCCUCAGACUCAAGUAAUCCUUCACGAAGAUAAAAAAUAUUACCCGAGCGCAGAAGAAGUUUAUGGACCAGAAGUUGAAACAUUGGUUCAGGAAGAGGAUACACAGCCUUUAUCCGAACCAAUUAUUCAACCCAUAAAAAUUAAAAAGUUUUUGGUGGAUAUAAUGAAUUUUCCCGAGUUGAUCAGGAAUAUUGCCAUUGUCGGUCAUUUACAUCACGGAAAAACGUCAUUCGUUGACAUGUUGGUCAAUGAAACACAUUCAUCAGUUGCUUGGGAUGUUGAUAGACAGGAACGUUACACAGACACGCAUACUUUAGAAAGAGACCGAGGUGUAAGUAUUAAAAGUAUGCCAAUGACUGUUAUAUUACAAAAUUCAAAUAGUAAAUCAUAUUUAUUUAGCAUUCUAGAUACCCCGGGUCACGUGGAUUUUGUUGAUGAAGUUACAGCGGCGCUUCGUUUAUCUGACGGCGCGGUUAUUGUUGUAGACUCGAUUGAAGGGGUUAUGGCUAAUACAGAACGCCUGAUCAAACACGUUAUACAAGAAAAAUUGACAUUUACUCUCGUGGUCAAUAAAGUGGAUCGGUUAAUAUUAGAAUUAAAGUUACCACCCAAUGAUGCAUAUUAUAAAUUAAAACACACGAUAGAAGAGGUGAAUACGAUUAUCAGUCAGUAUGCCCCCGGACAGGAUCUUCGAGUCUCUCCUGAGCGCGGAAAUGUUUGUUUCGCGUCAAGCCAAAUGGGGUGGUGCUUUACCUUGAAAUCAUUUGCUAAACUUUAUGCCGACACUUACAGUGAUUUAAAUGCCGACGAUUUCGCAAAGCGUUUGUGGGGAGAUAUAUAUUUUAAUCCUACAGAGAGAACAUUCAGCAGAAAAUCUCUCGAAAGCAAAAGUAAACGGUCAUUUGUACAUUUCAUUUUAGGUCCGUUAUAUAAAAUUUAUGCACAGGUGAUUGGUGAAAAUGAAGAUACGUUGAAACGAACAUUAGCUUCAUUAGGUAUCUUUUUGAAAGCUUCACAUUUUCAAUUGGAUGUAAAACCUUUGUUACGUAUAGUUUUGGAUCAAUUUUUUGGUCCGUCAACUGGUUUUGUGGAUAUGGUAGUACAGCACAUUCCAUCACCCGAGAAAAAUGCUACCAAUAAGGUGGAACACGCUUACACUGGUCCUAUGAAUACGAAGGUUGCAAAAGCAAUGUAUAAAUGUGAUUCAGAUGGGCCAUUGAUGGUUUAUAUUACAAAAUUAUAUAAUUCUUCGGACGCAUCAACAUUUGACGCAUUCGGUAGAAUUUUAAGUGGCACAGUCAGAAAAGGUCAAUCCGUAAGGGUACUCGGUGAAGGAUAUUCAAUUGAUGAUGAGGAAGAUAUGACUUUACAAGAAGUUACGAACGUAUGGAUAUUUGAAUCUAGGUAUAGAAUUGAAGUUGAGGGAGUUCCCGCAGGAAAUUGGGUAUUCCUAGGAGGUGUAGAUAAUUCGAUAGUAAAAACGGCGACUAUCACAAAUCAAGACGUAGACGAGGAUUUAUAUAUCUUCCGACCCUUGUCUUUCGUAACUACCGCUGUACUUAAAGUUGCUGUUGAGCCUGUAAAUCCUUCCGAAUUACCAAAAAUGUUGGAUGGAUUAAGAAAGAUUAAUAAAAGUUAUCCUAUUUUAGUAACUAAGGUCGAAGAGUCUGGAGAACAUAUAAUUCUUGGUACAGGCGAAUUAUAUUUAGAUUGCGUGCUACAUGACCUUCGACGAAUGUAUGCAGAAAUCGAAUUAAAAGUAUCAGACCCUGUUGUCCGAUUUUGUGAAACUGUCGUUGAAACAUCGGCUCUAAAAUGUUUCGCCGAAACACCAAAUAAAAAGAAUAAAUUAACGAUGAUAGCUGAGCCAUUAGAGAAGGGUAUUGCUGAAGAUAUUGAGGCUGCAAAAGUAAGCAUCAAAUGGCCAACCAAGGACAUUGCAAAAUUUUUUGAAGAAAAAUACUCUUGGGAUGUGUUGGCGGCACGUUCAAUAUGGGCUUUUGGUCCCGACGAAAAUGGACCCAACAUCUUAAUGGAUGAUACUUUGCCGACAGAAGUAGACAAAAAAUUACUUUCCUCCGUUAGAGAUUCGAUACGACAAGGUUUUCAAUGGGGUACACGUGAAGGGCCUCUAUGUGAUGAACCAAUACGUAAUGUUAAGUUCAGAAUAUUGGAUGCCGUUCUAGCACCGGAGCCAAUAUAUCGUGGUGGCGGGCAGAUAAUUCCAACAGCUAGACGUGUAUCUUAUUCCGCCUUCUUGACGGCAACUCCGAGAUUAAUGGAACCAGUAUAUUAUGUUGAGAUUCAAGCACCUGCCGAUUGUGUUUCGGCAGUAUAUACGGUUCUAGCACGACGAAGGGGUCAUGUCACGCAAGAUAUACCAAAAGCCGGUUCUCCAUUAUAUACCGUGAAAGCGUAUAUUCCAGUAAUAGAGGCUAAUGGAUUCGAAACAGAUAUGCGAACUCAUACUCAAGGACAGGCCUUUUGUCAACAAAUGUUUGAUCAUUGGCAGAUUAUUCCUGGUGACCCAUUGGACAAGAGUAUAGUUCUUCGACCUUUGGAACCAAGUCCUGCACAACAUUUGGCGAGAGAUUUUAUGGUCAAAACGCGUAGACGUAAGGGAUUGUCCGAAGACGUAUCAGUCAAUAAGUUUUUCGAUGAUCCAUUACUUUUGGCUGUGGCACAAUCAGACAUUUUACCUAACAUUUUCGAGUUGUCCAUAACGAUGAAGUGUAAUCGACAUUUUCUCGCAUUCUUAAUUGCUUCAGCUCUAAGCGUCUGCAUUUCUGCCGAGGAAGCUGUUCCUAAUGCUUCUACUGCAGAAGAAAGACCGAACUUUAAGCCCACAACUCUUGAAGCGCCAUUUUUAGAACAAUUCACAGACGACUGGUCUAAGCGAUGGUUUCCAAGUUCUGCCACCAAAGAUAAAAAAGGUGAUGGUGAAGAAGUUUUCAGUUAUGUUGGAAAGUGGGAAGUUGAAGAGCCAAGUGUCUUCCCAGGUAUUUUAGGAGAUAAGGGACUGGUUUUAAAAACAAAAGCAGCACAUCAUGCUAUAUCUGCAUCUCUUAAAACGCCUUUGGAUAACACAAACAAAAGUUUGGUAGUUCAAUAUGAAGUAAAACUUCAGAAUGGACUUGAAUGUGGUGGUGCAUAUAUGAAAUUAUUGACAGAAUCCGAGAAAGGGAUUCAUGCUGAAGAGUUUUCUGAUAAAACACCUUACACGAUUAUGUUUGGACCUGACAAGUGUGGUAGCACGAAUAAGGUGCACUUUAUCUUCAGACACAAAAAUCCAAAGACUGGUGAAUAUGAGGAAAAGCAUAUGACUAGUGCUCCUACAGCGAAAAAUUCUAAACUUAGUGUUUUGUAUACACUUAUCGUAAAGCCUGAUAAUUCAUUUGAAAUUCUUAUUAAUAAUGAAUCAACCAAGACCGGUAAUCUUCUUAAGGACUUUUCACCUGCCGUCAAUCCUCCAAAGGAAAUCGAAGAUCCUAAAGAUAAAAAACCAGAUGAUUGGGUUGAUCAACCAAGGAUGGCUGAUCCUAAUGCAAAGAAACCUGAUGAUUGGGAUGAGGAUGCACCUAAAGAGAUUCUUGAUGAAGAUGCCAAAAAGCCAGAAGGUUGGCUUGAUGAUGAACCACUUUUUAUCCCAGACCCAGAUGUUAAGAAACCCGAGGACUGGGAUGAAGAAGAGGAUGGAGAUUGGAUUGCUCCAACAAUUCCUAAUCCAAAGUGUGAAGAAGCUCCUGGUUGUGGUGAAUGGGAGCCUCCAAUGAAGAAAAAUCCUAAAUACAAAGGUAAAUGGUAUCCUCCAGAAAUCGAUAACCCAGCUUACAAAGGUCCAUGGAAGGCUCGUCUAAUUCAAAACCCUGAUUACUAUGAAGAUUUACAUCCUUCCAACUUCGAAAAUAUCGCUGCCAUUGGCUUUGAACUCUGGACUAUGCAAGACAACAUUCUUUUUGAUAAUAUUUAUAUUGGUCAUUCUGUGGAAGAUGCAAAGAAAUUUGCUGAAGAAACAUGGGCUGUUAAAUAUAAGAUUGAAAAAGAGACUGAAGACAAGGAAUUGAAGAAAGAUGUUAAAGAAACUCCUAUAUCUUACUGGGACGAUCCUGUAAAUUACUUGCGAACGGAAGUUGAUGAUUUCCUUGAGCUCGCAUAUGAAGAUCCUUUGGAAGCUAUUAAACAAAAACCAGAGAUAGCAGGGCUUUUCGGUGGAGCAUUUGUUAUUUUAUUCGGUCUUCUCACGCUUCUAUUGAAAUUAUUGACUCUGGCUAAAAAGCCAUCGGCCUCUCACAAAAAAACUGACGCACCAACCCCGGAUGAUAAAGAUACAGAUAAAGAUUCACCGAAAGAUGAUGGUAGUGAAGGCGAUAAUGAAGGAGAAAGUAAUGUAACUAAAAGAUCAGUAAAGAAGCCACCACAAGACAAUUAA